GUACACUUCCGGUUUAAACUAAAGGAAGUUUUGUUAUAAACAAUAUUCUCAGGUUUUCCUUACCUCAGCAAAAUGAAGUGCAGAUGUUGAUUACGACCAACAUGUAUAUUGAUGAUGUGUGGUUUGUUUAAUGGAAGUAGUUUUGUGAAAUAAUUCUUAAUGAUUAGGAAACUAACUUGUUUUAGCACUUGCACAAGGAUGCGUUGUCGAAUGAGAUAUCGUACUGGGUGGACAGUGUUCUUGGUUGUCUGUACGCUAAUUGGAGUAUUUCUGACAUACAGACAAAUUGGUAAUAUGAGACAUGAUCAAACUUCAUACAAAAAAUCAAAUCCAAAAUUUUACAAUCCUCAAGAUGUAUUUUUGAAAGAAUUUGAUCAAGAUCAACAACAGAACAUUAAAAAUCCUGGUGCAGGUUUCGUUGCACGCUCAGAUUUCAAUGAUCAAAAUGUCCAAGACAACGCAUUGAGUAAUAAGUUACAAUUGGUUGCACGAGAACCAGCUGACAUUAUGAGUAACAAAGAUGCUGUCAAUAGUGGCAACACAUCGUCCAUUGACAGGACACUAAAAUCAGAGUUGCUCAGUAUACUGAAAGAUUUGAAUCCAUCUGAUUUGGGAAAAGCUCCAGAAGCAAUAGAAAUGGCAUUACAAGUUAAAACUAUCCUUUUGGACUUAGAGAUAUACAGUCAAAUGACUUGCAAAGAUAUUGAUUAUCUUCGAGUGUCACAGUCAGUGAAGAUUACCCGUCGUAAAUAUGUUGAUCGGGCAUACAUUGAUAAAAGAGGGUCUGAGGUCAUCAUGAAAAGCCAGGCAAUCGAUAUGGAUAGCAAGAUCAAGUGUAUGCAGUCAAAAUAUGAUGUUGACAAAUGCCAAGUGAUGGGAAACUAUAAUUUGUUGAGAGAAAUUGUGGCUUUAACAGUACUUAAACAUCCUACCAUCAUCAAGGUUCAAGGUUACUGUAUAAGGGGAGAUAGCAUCAACUACAACAUCAAAAAGAAGGGUGUAGUUCUGAUCACGGAGCCUGGGAUGGCAGUGAACAUUGGAAACCUGGCAUCAUACAGCUGGAAGUCCAAAAUCUUAUAUGCCAUACAGCUGGCAGAUCUGCUGAAGUACAUGGAGAACAGCCCCCUCGGGAGUCUUGGUUUGGGAGAAGUCAGGGCCCGCGACUUUGUAUUAGUCGAUCAGUGGAUAAAGUUGGUGGAUUUGGAUGAUAUGUCCUUUGAGGAAAAGGUCUGUCAGGUGGAAUCUGACUGUAAAAUCACCGGUGUCAGCAUGUACAAAAUUCCCUGUGAGAAUGGACGCUGUGUCGGUAGAAAUGCUAAACAGAAUCUCAGAACUUUGGGUGUGGAGAUGAUAGAACAACUGCUGGUUAAUCCACCGCCCCAAGAAAGUGAUAAAGUAUUCAAACUGAAGCAGAAGAUACUGACUUUGGAAAUUACAACUGCACAGCUGAUGGAAGAACUCACUGAACUAAGACCAACAGCAGUUAACGUCCAACAUAAACAAAAUGAAAAGUUUGAUUCAUCAAAAUGGAGAGCGGUAGUAAAACCCAAAGCUCCUAUUCAGCCUGUUGUCAACCAGCAGGAUAUGGACAGCUGGCGACGCAAGGAAGAAAUAAUGGCAAACAAAGUUUUGCCUAAUUUUGGCAAGGAGGAGACCCAACACGAUUAUAUACGAAUGUCUGAAUCUAACUUCCCUGGAAUGAACGACUACACAUGUUCAGCAUCGCGUGUGGCAUGGGGAUGUGUCAUCACGGUACGGAGCCUUGCCCAAGCGAAGGCGACAUGUGACGCCGACCCAGUCUGUAAAGCGUUUGUUGUCUUCACCUCUAACCCAGACAUUGCCACUUUAAUGACGAUGGUAGCGAAAAAUUCAGGCACUUCAAAACCAGAACGAAACGCUGGAGCAACACUGUUCAUCAAGUCGUCUGAGACUGUGAGAGGAGGGGCGGUCGUAGGAAAGCCUGCACUUGCUUUCAUUAAUCCUCCUUCUCACCAGACAAAGACUACCAAAGAAACACCUGUAGAAUGCCUCAAACACACCUUGAACCUCACUGCUGACGCUAGGGUGGCACGGGAGAGGAGACUGAUGGCACACCUGGGGCUGAAAGGAUUUAGUGACAGUGACUGGGAGGCUAAGAUGCUCACCCAGAAAAUCAUUAAAGCUCACAACAUGCGAACAGUCAAGAUUGGUUCAAACAUUGGAGGAAAAGUGUUGGUUGACCUGCAGGGCAUGCAAACAGAGAAACAGUUCCUUCGCGGCGUCUUCCUGGCUGAGUCAGGACCAUUUCAGUACCAUAUAGCUCACAUGAUCGCCUUUAGACUUGACCGUAUCCUUGGACUGUACCACACUCCACCGUCCAUGCUGUGGUCCCUGUCCAAGGGCAACCUUGAACUAGUCAAGGGAGACGAUGCAUGGAAAAAUCUUGUGGAUACACAGAAAUCUGAAUUCGGGUCAUUAACUGGUUUGUUGACUGCCUCAGUACCUCGUGUUGUGAAGAAUGAGUCAGUGUAUAUCAACAAACUGGACGGAAUGACUGCUAACGUCGUCACUUUCUCUCGCAUGGAGAAGAUGCAGUUAGAAUAUGUACUUCUGUGGUAUCUCACCAAGACUCUCCACUCCAAAAACCUUCAUCUUGGUUACAAAGGCCAUCUGAUCAACUUUGAGGCUGACCAAGCGUUCCAGGACACAAGUCUGGACCUGUUGGGCUACUUCCAUCACUGCCAGUUCCCUAACGUCGUGUAUAAGGCCAUGUACUGUUUCAAGUGUUCAGCCAAAGCUGGGCAGUCAUUACACUCAAUCUGCUCUCUAGGGAUGGAGGUGAUUGAUCAGGUGUUGGAUGCCGGAUAUGAGAGACCAGACAUUUAUGUCAAUCAUCUGAACUCAGAGGAAAUUGCCACUCAGAUUAACGUUGCAGCCGGAAAAAUUCUCCAGCUUGUUGACAUGUGUAUCAAGGCUUUUGGAAGGGAAAAGGUUCUCUACUGAUGGGAAAUGGUUCUCUACUGAUGGGAAAUGGUUCUCUACUAAUGGGAAAUGGUUCUCUUCUAAUGGGAAAUGGUUCUCUACUGAUGGGAAAUGGUUCUCUUCUGAUGAGAAAAGGUUCUCAACUGAUGAGAAAAGGGAGUCUGCUGCGGAUGUCAUUUUUUCUACACAAAAGGAAUGUUUGCCACAGAGGUAAAAUUAUCUACGAUGAUAAAGAAUGUUUGCCAUAGAGGUAAAAUUCUCUUCGACUGUAAAGAAUGUUCGCCACAGAGGAAAAUUUCUCCAUGAAGGUAAAACACUGAAGUAAAUUUCUUGACAGCUGAAAAGAAAGUUUGCCACUGAGGUGAAUUUCUCCAUGAAGGAAAAGGACUUGGAGUUAAAUUGGCUUUGUAGAAAAAAACAUUUGCCGCCUUUGCUACCCCAAUAAAUCAUCUGCGGAGGCGACAUAUGAUUGCUAAUACUGUAAAAUCUGCUAUUAAAUGAUGCAUUAAUGUUUGCUGCCUCUGGCAAAAACAUUAGCUUGUGGAGUUUAAAUUCUCCAUUGAGAUUCUGGGCUCAAAAAAUUGAUCUCAUAUUCUAGUGUGAAAUAGAGAAUGUUUACUCUUGGGUACAUAAAUAUUUACAAUUGUCCCUGUUUAAUGAUGGAAUGGCCACAAGGUAACGUGUUUACUAUGUUGGCUUAUAACAGUCUCUACUUGGAGAAUAGCAUUUUUUACCACCAAAGAAUAUCUUUUAACUAAACAAUAUUUUCUACCAUCGAAGCAAAAUUCCUAUCAACAAAACAGUUUUUUUGUGGGCAAAAGUGCUCUUUUCUACCAGCAAAAACAGUCUCUUUCAAACUUUUUUGUCAGCAAAAACAACACCAGCUCGUAGGAAAAUGACAAAAAACAGCUUAUGGAACUCUUUAACUGCUUACAGGGGAAUAUCUGUUUGUUUGAUGACUGAAUUAGAGCUAGAGUUAGAGGAUAUAGUUUGGUAAGAUGUGCAUGACGUUGGUUCUGUGGAGUUUUAAAACAUUUGUAUUCAAUUAUUUUUCUUGUAGUGAUUUCAGAGAAAUAUGAAAACAGGAUAAUUUUUCCCUCACAAUAUUCAAAACUGUCAAUUAAAAAAAGGUGUGUUUUAUUAAAUGACAGCUCCAACAAAGGACUACGUAUAGUUUUGCCACUUUUUAGCCCCCAAAUUCAUCAAACCUCAUUCAAAUCAUUAUUUCUUUAAUUUUGAAUACUUCAUCAAGUACUCUUUGAAAACAAAUAUUGUGGUGUUUUUUUUACUUAUAGUUUCCAUGGAAACCAGUUGAAAUUUGCACAAGCUAGAAAAUUGAAUAUUUAAUUAAUUUUGUGAAGUUUGCAUAGUUUUUUCUCUUGGAAACCAUACAGUGUAUGCUUGAACAAAGCUAAUAUCCAAUGAGAAUUUGUAAUACAUGUCGUACAUAAGGUUAUAUGUAAGGAUUUUUCAAGAAUAUGCUCUAGGGUUGCUGAGAAAAAAACAAUGCAAAAAUUACUAAACAUUCAUAUUUCGCUAUUAAACUAAAGCAACUUUUAUCUACUUACCAUCUCAACUGUGAUUAACAAUUAUGAAAUAUUUUCAUAGCAGUAUCAACCAAAUGUUGAAAACAAUCAUUUGAAAAGACAGAUUUUAAAUUCUGAUGGAAUCGGGGCCAAAAGGAUACCAAAUCAUGCGCUGUCCUUUACAGUCAAUCUUGAGAUGGGUGUACACAUUAGUUAACGGCACCCCACUCUCACGUAAAUGUUACUUGUCGAUGUGAGCUUUGGUGGGCACACUGUAUUUGAUAACACUUCCCUCGUCUAAGCUUGGCUGUCAAUCGUGAUAACUGGGCAGAUUCUGUUGUAUGACACGCCCCCACGUAAUGUUAACUGUUUGUGGGAAGUGUAUCUACCUUACAUUCCAUAGUUAAACAAUGUAUUUUCGUGUUGUGUGAAAUAUACUGGCAGCUAGAAGGGCGGGCCAACACUUGUCAUGCCUCUCUGUGUGGCACAUAUAAAAUACAGGAGGAUUUGUAAACCUAUUCAUUUACUGUUGAAUUUUGUUAUUGAAUAUGAAAUUUCUGAACUGAGCUGGUACCAAUUUCUGAAGAUACUGUAACAAGCUUUGACUUUGUGCAUUGUUUUUUUGGUGUGUUUUUUUCAUGUUGUGGCAGUAAAAUAGUACCCAGGUAGUUGGAGCUGUUUUCUGUUUACACUUUUUCAUGGUAAAGUAUGUAGACUAGUGUUAAUUGACUUGAAAUAUAUUUGCUUUCAUCUUAUAAUCACAUUGCAAAGCAAGCAAUCUGUAUACAUUAAGCUUGGUUUUAAUUCUCUUAAUGGCUUUUUUUGCUGUAGAUUCAUUUUUAGGUCACCUGAGACAAAGUUUCAAGUGACCUAUUGCGAUCGCCUUUUGUCCG